AUACCAGUUACUACCUAUGUCCUAACUUUCACAUCAUCGAAUAGUGUCAAAGCAAUCAGAGCAUAGACGAUGUACAAUUUCUGAAAACUUUGUCACCACAGUUCGUAUUGAAACUUGAUCGGUGAUACUUUAUCUGUUGCAAUCAUUUACAGAAACUUUCACUUAUUCCGCUAUGUUUAAAUUUAUUCAUUUAUAUUUUUUUAUAAUCGUUCCGGUUAUUAUAAGCGCUGCAAAAAAGGAACAUAAAAUUUUGUCAGAUAUAAUUGAAAGAUUAAGAAAAAAGUCAACUGAUGAAGAACACGAAGGAAUUAUUGCUAUGAAAAGACAACUGUUUCAAGAUAUUUUUACAGAACAUCAGAAAGAUGACAAAUUGCAAUUUGGCUAUGUUUGUGAAAACCCAGUUCAAUGGGAACAAAGAUUCGAAGAAAAAGAUCUUCCGAAUAAUCGACAUCGUGGAAAGGUUAAGUGGGCAAAUAUAGAUGGCAGCUAUGGUGAGCACUACUGGGACUUAAAUCAUAAGUAAUCUUUAUACAGAGAGUGACGAAACGUAUAAACUAACCAUCGUUACAGAUGUGUAAAUUCAUUCUAUAAAUGUUAAUUGGGAUAUAACUUAUGUAUAUUUAUAAUCAUGCAUGUUAUAAAAUAAGCAUCAUAUUUACUUCUCCAUAUGUGUUUGUUUAAUUAAAAUGUUAUACGAGUUAUUCCUCCUAUACAAAUAAAAUCAAAGUCGUUGAUUUAUGAUCAAUCAAACUUUAUUGAUUCUUUGCAAAUCGCAUAAAAUGACGAAAAAAUAUUAUAUACUCGCUAUUAUUUCUCUAAUUAUUGAAAAUGUGUAGAAGAUCGUAACUUCAUUAUAAUAUGGUGCGAUCAAAAAGACAACCUUAUUUCAAAGAAUCUUCCAAUAGGUAUCAAAAGCACUUUACUCUGGUAGAUAACAAAGCACUCUAGUUUGAAAUUUAUUUUAUUAAACCUUUAACUUUAACAUCUUUAAACUUAAAUACGUAGGGUUUUCUAUAUGCUAGUGUUCAACCAAACAGGGCCGCCAAGCGGUCCGGUAGGGGAACCGGACUGCCUGGCGCGGCAGCUCCGGCGACGAGGCGCGAUGUUAUAUGGCCGCACACCGCCCCAUUAGGGGAUGUAUUGUGCGCAGGAGGGGGAUCGGUGUGUCGCUCGCAUCGGUUCCUGAGCCUCUCUCGAUCGCAGCCGGGACGGUCGUCGUGGAGGUUUUAGUCGGUUACAGUUCGGCACUACCACGCCGCUUUCCCCAAAAGCGGCCUGGUGCCCGUGCGAAUUUCCUCCACGUUAAAAAAAAAAGAAAAAAAAGUGUUCAACCAAACAGGGCAGAUCCUUCAUUUUAUAGGUUCUUGUAUAUGUUAGCGUGAAUAACCUUUUAGUAUUACCUGUAUGGCGCAGCACUAGUCCAGAAACAACCAGAACCAUAAGCAUAAACACUCUCAUUUCCUCUCUGGCUGAAUCAAUUCUACGUAAAUAACAUCAUUUUUUGUGCGAGAUUAUCUAAAACUGAAUUACGCUGAUCUAGUUGAGCAUUUAUAGCUUUGGAUUAGAAAAUUAGAAAACAUACGUUUAAAUUAAUAAAGCUAUGCAUUCUGUAUAUAGCAAUAUAUGUAAAAAGAAAUUAUGUAUAUAAAAUACUUGAUAAACUAAACUUUCUUAACAUAUAUAUUUCUACAAUGUUAUUUUCCAACGUCAUUGUAAUUUUCUUCAUCUU